CCGCGCCGCCGCGCCGGGAGAGGAGCGGAAAGUGGGGAAAGCCCGAGAACUUCCCGUCUGCCCGCCCGCGCCUGCCCCGUCGGGCUCCGCCGAGUCCCUCCAGAGAGAUGUCCGAGACUCCUGCUCCGUGUUGCAUCAAGCAGGAAAGAAUUUCGUACACACCUCCCGCGAGCCCGGUACCAAAUUACACCUCGUCACCACUACAUGUCCCAGUGCCUCAGGCCAUCAGGAUGGAGGACGACACCUACAGAGUGCCAGCACACCUGCGUUUGCAGCCAGUUUACUGGAGCAGGGAAGAUGUGGCCCAGUGGCUCCAGUGGGCAGAGAAGGAGUUUUCCUUGAGGCCCAUUGAGAGCAGCACCUUCGAGAUGAACGGCAAAGCUCUGCUGCUCCUGACCAAAGAGGACUUUCGAUACAGGUCCCCUCAUUCAGGUGAUGUUUUGUAUGAACUCCUUCAGCAAAUCCUGAAGCAAAGGAAAGCUCGGAUGCUCUUCACACCCUUCUUCCACCCUGGGAACUCUAUCCAUGCUCAGCCAGAGGUCAUAUUGCACCAGAAUCAUGAUGAAGAUAGCUUUGCGCAGAGAACCCCGAGGCCAUCUGCAGAAGCAGUCCACCACAACCCCCCAACCAUUGAACUGUUGCAUCGCUCGCGGUCGCCCAUCACCAACAACCACCGUCCAUCGCCAGACCCCGAGCAGCGCCCGCUCAGGUCCCCCAUGGACAGCACCCUGCGCCGCAUGUCCCCGGCCGACAGGAUGCCAGGGACAAGGCACCAGCAUGACAACAGCCAGCAGGAGCCCUAUCCUCUCUCAGUGUCCCCAGUAGAAAACAACCACUGCCUGCCUCCUUCCGAGGUGCUCCAGAAGCCCUCCAGCCCUCGCCAGGAGAACACCAGGGUCAUCCAGCUGAUGCCCAGCCCAAUCAUGCAUCCUUUGAUACUGAACCCCAGGCACUCCGAUUUCAAACCACCGAGGUUGUCUGAGGAUGGGCUGCACAGGGAUGUGAAGCCCAUCAACCUGUCCCACCGAGAAGAGUUAGCUUAUAUGAACCACAUCAUGGUGUCUGUCUCCCCUCCCGAGGACCACGCCAUGCCCAUCGGCAGGAUAGCAGACUGUAGGUUGCUUUGGGAUUAUGUUUAUCAGCUGCUUUCUGACAGCCGGUACGAAAAUUUCAUCCGAUGGGAAGAUAAGGAAUCCAAAAUCUUUCGGAUAGUGGAUCCCAAUGGGCUGGCCCGGCUGUGGGGAAACCACAAGAACAGAACAAAUAUGACUUAUGAGAAAAUGUCCAGAGCCCUACGCCACUACUACAAAUUAAAUAUUAUCCGGAAGGAGCCAGGACAAAGGCUUUUGUUCAGGUUCAUGAAGACCCCAGACGAGAUCAUGAGCAGCCGGACAGACCGCCUGGAGCACCUUGAAUCCCAGGAACUGGAUGAACAAAUAUACCAAGAGGAUGAGUGCUGAAGGAAGCAGGUGCAGCACCUCUGUGGGUCCAGGGGAGGAACAUCAGCCUGACGGUCGGCGCGCUUUGGGAGGGGCAGCCACAGGAGCAGUACUUGAGGUCACUGCUUGGCUCGAAGACCACGCAGGACCUGAAGCACCUUAACAAAACAAACUCACCGGCAGAAGUGGUGCGGGCAGGAAAGCCAAGGGGAGAAAGCCUGGACUUAUGCACUACUUCACUGUUCCUACCAAGUCUCCCUUGAGUUUUUUCUUUCUUUUUGGUUUGUUUCAGUUUUGGGGGUUUUUUUGUCAUUUUUUUUUCCCUAAUAAACAUGCAGUUUGACUUUCCUUAUCUCACAUAGGACAAGA